GUGAAUAUGUGGGUCAAACUCAGACACUGGCAAUGUCUGGGGGGUUGCAGUGAGACCAAGGGAGCUUAUGCCUUGAGCCUCAACGUGUUCACCCUUUGGCUUUGGGGGACACUUACAUAAACACUGCUUCUCAGUUUAGGGGGUUAGAUUAUUUUGUGUGUGCGUGUGCUGGUUUGAUUUCGUGGAUUAUUGUUGUACAGGUUUAUUCAUGGCUUGAUUUUUUAUUUCAUUAGUUUUACUUGUUGGAUAACUAUUUAUGGAUUAUACGGAUAUGGAUUUGUGGAUUGAGUUGAUAUCUAUGCAAGGAUAAUAAAGAUAUUGAUUUGUGGACUGGUAUGAUAUAUAAAUGAAUGGUUAUAAAGAUAUCAAUUUCUGAAUUGAGUUGAUAACUAUAUAUGAAUAAUAAAGAUAUCGAUUUGUCGAUUGAGUUGAUAACUACUUAUGGAUUAUAAAGAUAUCCAUUUGUAGAUUGAGUUGAUAUCUAUGUAUAUAUAUAAACCAUAUCUAUUCAUGAAUUAAAACCAUAUGAAUGGAUAGUCAUUAAUAAAAUAUGAGUUUUGAUAACCAAUAUGUAGAAACUUCUUUUACAGCGUUAGAAAGCAUUUCGAAAAAUGUCCUAAGUGUUGAAGACAUAUCUCUUUCUUGACUUCUUUGCAGACCUAGAUCAACAGUUUGGGCGACGGAAUUGGGCCAUUAAAAAUAGCUCAGGUGAAGACUACAAAAGUUAAGCUCAGUCUGCGAAACAAUUCAUUAUUUGUCUUAAGACGGGAUCGAUAUCUAUGACACAGUGGGCGCAUGUUCUAUCAUCCACACCACAAGCAGGUUGGAUCUAAAUCAUCAUUAAUUAAUGGUCGGUCAUGUUCUAAUGUGAUGGUGCGAUUUCUUAAAUGCAUUGAGCUACGGAGAAGACUAUUUGGUCCAGCGGGUUAAAAAAAAUCUGGUCACGUCUGCGUGUACAGAUGAGACGUUACAAUACAUCCAUUCACAAUUGCUUGUAACCUACAGCAAAGUAAAUAUUAAUUAAUUCAUCGGGUGAUUCGUUAGGAACUGCUCAGGUCAAUAUUGAUUACGUCAUCGCUGAGGAUUUUUUAAAAAAUAAAUUUCCUACGAGUUGUUGCCAGAAUGUUCUAAGUGAAUUGUGUUCGAUGGAAUGAACAAAAUAAUGACAGCGGAGAUAUUGAGAAGAAUCUUCCAAUUAUGUGCAAAGACAAUCUGCUUUUGUUUUUUUGUAACCAUGACAACAGGUGAAUGCUGUGGGGGAGCUGACGAUAUGAAGCGCCUUCAUGCUGCCCUGUUGGGCAACUAUAAUCCGGAUGUACGCCCCUGCACCAACUACAGCAAGCCCCUGAACAUAACAGCCACCCUCCACUUGUCAACCGUGCAGGACCUGGAUAUCAAAAAUCAAGUCAUGAAACUGAUUGGAUAUAUUUCUUUUACUUGGAUAGACGAGCAAUUACGUUGGAAUGAGUCGGACUAUGGUUACAUUACAGAUAUGUUGUUACCACAGAAAAAAAUAUGGAGACCCGACAUGGCCAUUUAUAAUUCAGUGGAUGAACGAGUUUUUCUGGGCAAUGAAGAAACAUUAGUUGUGAUUACUUCCAGAGGCGAAGUCAGGUGGGAACCCGUCAUCAACAUGGGGCUCACCUGUAAGGUGGAUAUUUCCAAGUAUCCUUUUGACCAGAACACCUGUAAAAUUGACCUCAUGUCUUGGAUGAAUGACAACACCUCUGUCAAUUUGAUGACCCCUGAUGACCCUAUCAUCGAGUCUGAACUGAUCCCAAAUGGUCAGUUUUGGAUAACAGGCGGAGGCAUUGAGACCGGCAGCUCCAUCACCAACAAUAAAUAUUAUUUUUAUAUAACUUUUAAACUGCUACUUAAGAGACGGCCUAAUUACCUGGUCCUUACACUUCUGAUUCCGGUCACUCUCUUGGCGGUCCUGUGUGUUGUUUCCUUUCUCCUGUCUCCCGAGGAACCAGAGAAAGUGUCGGUAGCCAUCACUGUCCUCUUGUCCUUCACUGUGUUUCUGGGUGUGGUGGACAAUGACAUUCCAGAAACGUCGGACAAUUUAUGUUUAAUUGUGGCGUACGUCGUGUUGCUGCUGGUCCUCUCGUUUCUGUGCGUGGUGGGCAACGCUGUGGUGGUGGUCGUGCAUAAGAGAGAUGUGAAAACACAUCAAAGUUCCAUAACUCUGCAUGAAAACACUCCGUCGUCUGCUGUUUUCAUUUCCGCUCUAACGACGUCUGCUAGUGCUAAGCCCGUCACCAUGGCAACAAGUAAACAAGAAAACAAUGGAAGCUCUACCCAGCAUUCGAUAGAUCAAAACUCAAACUUGAAUGGAAAUAUUCAAAAGGAAAAUCGGUCUCCGAACAGUGCUGAGAAGUUAAGCAGAGCGAGUAGACUGAACAAGUGUUGCCUGGUCUGGAACAGUGUGGCCUUGACCUCUAUCAUUAUUGUGUUCUUAAUUCUGAUGAUGUAUUAAUUCAAACUGGCUCGAACGUGAUGGAAGAAUUAAUCAAACUUUUAGUGCAAGAACAUUUCCGUUUCUCCGCCAUGCUUGCAGCUCUACAAUAUGUGAAGGCUACGGUGGACGCCUCAAGAAAGGCAGCCAAGUGUGACGAAUCCUCUGAUUUUGAGAGUAGGAUAUGGGGGCACCGCUACUGAUUGUUAAGACUGUUAAACGAUUUUACAAGCAUUGACCUGCUAGUCCAGUUGAUAGUUGUGUUUAGUGUUCGCUUUUAUGUCAUCAACCCCUCUCCCACUCUCUCUCUCCCUCUCUCUCUCUCUUUCUCUCCCUCUCUCUCUCUCUCUCUCUCCUCCACCUGUUAUUGAGCUUCGCAAGGGAAACUUCUCAUGAGGCAAAAUGAACUAUGAACUUUGCCCUUACAUCUGAACAUGUUAAAUGUUCACGACGCUGACUAAAUCAGACGUAAGCAAUGACCAGCCUUUUGUAAACAUUUUCAUUUUUCUUCCCCCACUUGAAAUCGCCUCGAAUUCGUUGCACGUGCAACGUACACAUCAGAAAAUCUGCAGCCGUGUAGGUGUGUGAAUUCCAGACUCUCGUCUCUAUCAGAGAGAGAAGCUAAAAUAAGUGUGCAGUGACGCGUGAAGACUUGUGUUCAUGAUUUACUGUUGUAGUCUAGAGAUUUAUUCAUCUACAAUGCAGACUGGUUAUACUGUGACACGUCUAGACAAAGUGUUUCAUUUGAUUUUAUUUCAUUUGAUUUUAUUUCAUUUGAUUUCAUUUCAUUUGAUUUCAUUUCAUUUGAUUUCAUUUCAUUUGAUUUCAUU